AUGGCCAACAUUGUUCUUCAUCGCUUUUACUGGAGCUUCAAGCCAGUUGAUCCAGAUGCGGAUGACGAACGCUGGGAGCGUGUACACGAGUUCAAUGCCCGCCUCGUUGAGCGCAACGUGCGCAUUCUUCGUGGAUUUUGGGUCAAGGUUGGUCAAUACAUGUCAUCGCGUGGGGACGUCAUGCCGGCCGCAUGGGUCCGAGAACUUUCCAAGCUUCAAGAUGCCAUGCCCAAGCGCUCGGGCCACGAAGUGCGGGCAGACAUCGAAGCAGAACUCGGAUGCCCGCUAGACACUGUCUUUACCGACUUUGAGGACGUGGCAUUGGCCUCUGCCUCGAUUGCACAAGUUCAUCGUGCCACCCUCAAGACAGGGCAGCAGGUUGUUUGCAAGGUGCAACACCGCAACAUCCAAACCAUCAUGAAGCACGAUCUUCAAAACCUCUUUGUAAUUGUUGACUGGGUGGCCUAUUUUGAUCCCUCCUACGACUUUCGACCUGUCUUGGACGAGUGGAGCAAGGUGGCAGUCAAGGAGCUGGACUUUCGAAACGAAAUGCUCAGUUCAGAGCGUGUGCGGGCGAACAUGGCUGAUGCCAAGCUUGAUGUCAUUGUUCCCGCCAUGUUCAAGAAGUAUUGCACGGAGCGACUCCUAACUAUGGAGUUUGCAAAAGGUUUCAAGGUCACCGACUCGGAAUUGCUGGAUGCCCAUGGCAUUGAUCGGGAAGCCCUGAUGCGCCGCAUUUGUCAAGCCUUUGCGCACCAAGUAUACGUGCAAGGCUUUUUUAAUUGCGAUCCCCAUCCGGGUAACCUUUUGAUUCAAGUGGGCGAGGAUGGGACGGCCCGCCCAGUCCUCUUGGACUAUGGCAUGUGUCGCGAGCUCAAUGACGAGAAACGCAUUGCCUUUGCGCGC